AUGAGUCCUUUGGUGUUUUUCCUGUUGGGUUUUUCUGCCAUGGUGUGCUCUGUUCAUGGAUACGACGCUGGUUGGGUCAAUGCUCAUGCUACCUUCUAUGGUGGAAGUGAUGCUUCAGGAACAAUGGGUGGAGCUUGUGGGUACGGAAAUCUCUACAGUCAAGGAUACGGAACCAACACGGCGGCUUUAAGCACAGCUCUGUUCAACAAUGGUCUUAGCUGCGGCGCGUGUUUCGAGAUCCGGUGUCAGAGCGACGGCGCGUGGUGUCUACCUGGCUCUAUUGUAGUCACAGCCACUAAUUUCUGUCCUGCGAACAACGCUUUGCCUAAUAACGCAGGUGGUUGGUGUAAUCCUCCUCUUCACCACUUUGAUCUCUCUCAACCAAUUUUCCAACGCAUUGCUCAUUACAAAGCUGGUGUUGUCCCUGUCUCUUACAGAAGGGUUCCGUGUAAGAGAAGAGGAGGUAUAAGGUUUACAAUCAAUGGUCACUCUUACUUCAACUUGGUCUUGGUCACUAAUGUCGGUGGUGCUGGAGAUGUUCACUCGGUGGCGGUUAAAGGUUCGAGAACUAGAUGGCAACAAAUGUCAAGGAAUUGGGGACAAAACUGGCAAAGCAACAGUCUUUUGAACGGUCAAGCAUUGUCCUUUAAGGUUAUUGCUAGUGAUGGUCGAACCGUUGUCUCCAACAAUGUUGCUCCAGCUAGUUGGUCGUUCGGACAGACUUUCACUGGUCGUCAAUUCCGUUGA